AUGUUAAAUUCAGUCAUCGCCGUGUAUCCAAAGAAAGGGUUUACUGUGAAGAUGAUUCAUAGAGACUCCAAAAAAUCGCCUUUAUAUCCUGGUGACCAUUUAACAAGAGACGAAAGGCUUCAGAGACUCGUAGAACAGUCGAAAGCUCAAGCACGUUACAUCGAAUCACAAAUAUUACUCCAUGACGAUGCAACACAUUCCGUAGAUCCCCAUGUUGUACGUUUGCCAGUAAUUUACGGACCAAGUGCGUAUUAUGUUGCUAUGGUUGGUUUAGGUACAUUUCAUGGUAACCAACAACAAGCUAAGAAUUACUAUUUGAUGAUUGAUUCAGGUAGUGAUGAGACGUGGCUUCAAUGUGAAGGUGCCACUGAAGCUUUCAACCAAGAUAUGCCACUUUAUCCUUGGAGCUCGUCAACUACAUAUCGUCAUGUUCCUUGUAAUACUCAUCCUAUUUGCAAGGGAAAUAAGUGCAAUGCCGAUGGGCAAUGCACUUAUAAAACACGCUAUGCGAGUGGAUCAAUCACAUCUGGUAUUAUAGCUGAAGAAAGAUUUACUCUUGGCUCCGAUGCUGGUGGCCUUGAAAGUAUUGGUUUACACAUGGGUUGUGGUUUUCACCAAGAGAAUUUUGAGAACUUUAUCGGUAGGAAUCAUUUACGUGGCAAACCUGAUCUUAUUGCAGGAAUACUUGGCUUAGGACCAAGACAAUGGUCUUUUCUAAACCAAUUAGGUGAUGUUGGCGAAGGAAAAUUUUCCUACUGUUUGGAGACGUUUAACAAUAAAAUUGAGGGAUCUGAUACAUAUUUAAGGUUUGGUGCAGAUGCCACAAUUGGAGAUGCAUCUCAAGUAGUACGUACAACUCCCAUCAUUGUGCCUCCUUUUCGGACAUAUCAAUAUUACUUAACUCUAGAAGAUAUUAGUGUAAGCAACAAAAAAAUAGGUUUUCCUAGAGGUACUUUUAAGCUUAAGUCCAAAAAAGAAGGCGGUACUAUCAUAGAUACUGGUGUUCAAAUAUCCAUGAUGUAUAAAGAUCAUUUUGAUAAAGUUGCAGAUUUGGUGAAGACACAUUUUGAAGGGCUAGGAAACGAAUAUAUUGGUACGCGGAAAAGUUUUGAUGUUUGUUUCCGUCUACGUGGAAGAUUUGAUAUUACUAAUUAUCCUUCCAUAACACUUCAUUUUCCACAUGCCGAUUACGUUAUUACAGAUUAUAAAGCUAAUUUUGUGAUGAUAUCCCUUGAAAUUAUAUGCUUAGGCUAUUCUCGGAGGGACCAAAAUAGGCCGGCUUUUAUUUUAGGAGCAAUGCAACAAGCUAAUAAACGGAUUUUAUAUAAUGUUAUGGAUCGGUCACUCUCAUUCGCCACAGAGUAUUGCGAAUUAGAUUCAUGA